GCACGUAGACGCAACAGAGCUUCAAAGCUUGUCGACACACAGACUUCAGCAGCUUUCAGCCCUGAAAAACCCCAUCAUGGAACACAUGUCGAAGAAAGACACCAUGGCGCUCCGCGAAAAGCACAUCGGAAAGUCCUGCCAGCUUUUUUUCCGGCAAGACCCGUUGAAAAUAACGAGGGCAAAGGCCCAGUAUCUGUACGACGAGAAAGGCGACGCGUACUUGGACUGCAUCAACAAUGUUGCCCACGUGGGUCACUGCCACCCCGCCGUGGUGGAGGCCGGCUGUGCCCAGAUGUCCGUCCUCAACACCAACAACCGCUUCCUGCACGACAACAUCGUCCUGUGCGCGCAGCGCAUCAUCAGCACCAUGCCCGACAAGCUCUCCGUCUGCUACUUCGUCAACUCCGGCUCGGAGGCCAACGACCUCGCCCUGCGCCUCGCCCAGAUCCACACCGGCAACCGCCAGAUCGUCGCUCUGGAGCAUGCGUACCACGGCCAUUUGACAUCCUUGAUUGACAUUUCCCACUAUAAGUUUAAUCUUCCUGGUGGGCCACCGCAGAAGGAUCACGUCCACGUGGCUUCGUGCCCCGACACUUACAGAGGAAAAUUCCGAGACUCGGAGCACCCGAAGGAGGCGCUCUCCAAGCUCUACUCCGACGAGAUCGCGGCCAUCUGCGCCAAAGUCCGCGACGAGAAAGGCGAAGGAAUCUGUGCCUUCAUCGCCGAGAGUCUUCUGAGCUGCGGAGGACAGGUCAUCCCUCCCGAGAACUACCUGAAGGACGUCUACGACCACAUUCGCCAAGCCGGAGGAAUUUGCAUCGCCGACGAGGUCCAAGUGGGUUUCGGACGACUGGGAAAACAAUGGUGGGGCUUCCAGCUGCACGACGUGGUGCCCGACAUCGUCACCAUGGGUAAACCCAUGGGCAACGGGCACCCGGUGGCUGCCGUGGUCACCACGCAAGAGAUAGCAGACAGCUUUGCCAACACCGGGGUGGAGUACUUCAACACGUACGGCGGCAAUCCCGUGUCUUGCGCCAUCGCCAACGCCGUCUUCGACACCAUCGAGAGGGAGAACCUCCGCGAGCACGCCCUCGUCGUGGGGGAGUACCUCUUCGACGCCUGCCAGAUGCUGGCCAAGAAGCACAUGUGCAUCGGCGACGUCCGCGGCAUGGGUCUUUUCCUGGGGAUCGAGCUGGUGAAGGACCGCGAAUUGAGAAUCCCGGACAAGGAAACGGCCACCUAUGUCGUGUCGAGAAUGAGAGCGGAGCACAUCCUGGUGAGUAGCGACGGGCCCGACCACAACGUCAUCAAAAUCAAGCCCCCGAUGGUCUUCAAUAAGGAGAACGUGGACGAGUUCGUGUCCACGUUGGACCGAGUUUUGAAGGAGCGCAGGGAGAGUAGUCAAGGCCAGGCGGCGGUGAAGGGCACCGAGACACCCAGCAAGGAGGGGAGAACGCGUAAACCCAUCAAGGAAGAGAGGAUUAAAUCUAUUUAAGAUGUUUUAUUGUUUUCUAUUUAGAUUAGGUAGUUUGUGUGUUGAUGUUAUUUAACUUUUGCAUGGCUAGGGAGUAGGUUUUUACAAGUAUUGAACUGAAAAGUGCUUUUUUUGGAGCGAGGCAUUGGUUAUUUAUAUGUAAGAGGAUGCCUUUUGAUGUUUUCUGUGAAAAUAAAUCAUAUUUUUUUACA